AUGGCGGAACGCAGCGGGACGAAGCGCGUUAGCCUGGUGCUGCAUGCAGCCGGACUCAUCUCCAUCUACUCGCUCUACGGCGUUUUGCAGGAGAAGAUCAUGAAGAAUUCGACGUACGGCCCGAACAACGAGCAUUUCACCUCUUCCUCCCUCCUCAUCGUCUUCAACCGCCUCUUCUCCAUCGCUGUUGGGCUGGGGAUCUUGCUGUGGAAGACGAGGCAGCAGCCGGAACAUGGCGGCUUCUCGCAGCGACUGCGACCUGCGAGUCCUUACUACGCAUACGCGAGUGUCGCGCUGGCGAACUUUGCAAGCACGACUUGCCAGUACCAAGCUCUUCGCUACGUCAGCUACACGACGCAAAGUCUCGCCAAGACGUCCAAGAUGAUCCCGGUUCUCGUUGUUGGCGCGUGUAUCUACCGCAAGAGCUAUUUGACGAGGGAAUGGGUGGCUGGAGGCGUCAUUCUCGCAGGCUGCGCGACGUACCUCUUCUCCUCCCCUCCUACGCCUCACGGCCACGCCGCUCCGUCCGCGACAAGCGCAGACACCUGGGACGGCCUCAUCGGCGCCGCCUACCUUCUCGGAUACCUCUUCUUCGACGGACUCGUCUCCUCCACGCAAGAAGCCGUCUUCGGCAAGAACCCGUCCUCGUCCGACCCCUUCGGUCCUGAAUCGCCCGUCCUCGACCAGAUGAUCUACACGAACGUCUUUGCCGCCCUCAUCGCCAUCGCCGCAUCUGUCGCUUCGACCGCUACCGGCUCGUUUUGGCCCAACCUCGAACUCCUCCUCACGUCGGCGAGGCUGCUCUGGGACGUCUGCGUAUUCUCGGCCGCCAGCGCAGUCGGCUUGAUCGUACUCCUCAACACGAUCGCCUCGUUUGGCGCCCUCACCUCGUCGCUCAUCAUGACGAUCCGGCAGUUUCUCUCGAUCCUGAUCAACGCCGCCGCCUUCAAUAACUUUUCGAGUGUCUCGCUGGUCGGCUGGGUCGGCGUCUUCUGGGUCGCUUCGGGCAUCUGGAUCAAGAUCAACAAGAGCUACGAUCCUCCGAAGCAGCCCAAGGUCGUCUUCGACGUCGGCGACGACACCGAAGAGUCGCGCGGCAUGCUUGAGAAGGAGAUUGCCUCGCCAAUCGUCAUGCAGUACAUCGUGCCCCUCGCCAUUCCCGUCUUCGUCGCCAUCCUGCUCGCCCCGUUCUUCUCGUCUUCGAGCAUCGCCUUCGACAAGCCUUUCGAUCCUGCGACUUUAAGGACUGUCGGCACGGAUUUGCCGGUCUCCAUGGGCUCGGUCGCUGCACCCGUGACCGAGGGCCAGCUUGGCGACGACCAGCCUCUCGCGGACGACGACGGUAUGGCUGGAUCCGAGCUGGACGCACUCACUUCGCCGACGAACGACCUGCCCGAUAUAAUUACCUCAGCUGACGCCGGCGAUUCUGCUAACGAGCUCACCUCGCCGGAAAAGGCGGAGGAGGACGCCUUGAACUCGGCCGAAGCUUCCGAAGCAGCCGAGCUCGCCGUCGCCGUCGAAGGCGGAAGCUGGGACAGUCAGCUACACGAUGCAAUGAGCGCUGCAUGCAAGAACGAGCUGGUCACCAUCCCGUACCAGACGACGAUCCGCACCGCCUUCGCUUCUUUCCCUCGCUCCGGCAACUCAUACCUUCGGUCGCUCAUUGAGCGCGCGACAGGGUACCAGACGAGCUCCGUCUACUGCGACCGCGGCCUCGAGCGUACCUUCCACGGCGAGUGCAAUCACCGCCUAAACUUCUUCGUCAAGACGCACUUCCCCGCGCUCCCGCCUGUCAUCUCGCCGCAAAACACGGCGCUCGUCAACUACUACAAGCAGUUCGACUCCGCUGUUCACGUCGUCCGCAACCCGCUCGAUGCGGUCGCAAGCUGGUGGCACUUACGCCACGCUCCUCCGACAGCGGAGGGCUACCAGAACCACGAAGCGAAGGUCGAGCUACCGGGCGGCAAGUUCGGUGAGGCUCAGCGAGACGACAUCAUCGACCUUGCGAAGCGCUGGCGCCGACACACGACUUACUGGCAGCAGGCGCCGCUCCUCACCCAUACCCUUCGCUACGAGGACUUGAAGGCGCAGCCUAUCCCGAAUAUGAUGAGCUUGCUCUCGUUCCUCCUCCCCGAUGACGACCUGCCGCCUCUCGGAGACAUUGCGUGUAUCGCCGAAAACCACGAGAAUCUCCAGGCUUACCACUCGCGGCGUUCGUCCGACUUCGCGCAGUGGGACAGCUACGAGUCCUCACUGCGCCAAGAAAUCCUCGACAUCGUUCGACGACCUUUCUGCGCGUUCGGAUAUCGCCGCAUUCUCCUUGACGCGAAGGGCGACUUGCCUGACGUCCAGGAGGCUAUGGAUGGGUGCGGUUUCCUUGACCUCUCAACGUCUCUCUCGCUGACCUUUACGUGGCCCAGCUACUGCGACUUGGGCAUGGCGGACCCGGACUACGACGAGACGAGAGAAUCUUGGGGCAAGGGUGACUAA